AUGCCGCCGAUCCGGGAACAUGCUGAAGAAGAAACGUCCAAAUUAUUAGAUGAUCGAAAACGUGGAGGAAAAAGGGCUCCUAGCAUUAACACAAGGGCAUCGCGCGUUGGAGUAACGAAUUUUAUUAACGUCAUAAAAUCUUUGCAUCCCGGUCAAUCGAUCAGCUAUUUCCCGAUUACGAGGGAAACGCUUGAGGAAUACAUUGAUGCUAAACGCAAGGCUCAUAUAAAAUCAGGUUCUUUGGAACAAUAUUUACAGCACAUCCAAGCCUAUAACCUAGCACUUGGCUACGGCUGGGAUGGCUCGGUGUUCGGCCCAUUAAUUAAGAAAUCAUUGGAUGAGUUAAGACUUAUAGAAGAGGAAGCUCUCGCAUUAACACAAUCCUUACAGACCGAAGUCUCGCUCGAUUCCUCGAACGAGAACACGAACAGAAUUUCCAACCUGAUGGCUAUUGAUGAACACGCUAACAUUGACGAAAACGAAAACAUUGAUGAAAAUAAUUCAAAGAUAAUAUCAUUGCUGUGCUUCGAUGCUACAACAAUUCUGGAACAACGUGCCAAUAUAAAUCUCGAUAAUUUGAAGUAUGCGGAUCCAUUGUUAAACUUACAACAGUUAUACGACAAUAUUUCUUCUGCCACUGUGCCCCUUUCAUGGGGAAGCGCGGACAUUCUUCGGCUCUAUUAUCGAAUUGGCACACGUGAUGAUUCACAACACUGUGAAUUAAACGAUGAAUCUGCGUUCGUUCGUUUUUGGACAAGCUUUAAUAAACGAGAAGAUGUUCAAUUGAUUGUCUAUCGUAAAAGUAAUAAUGAUAGUUCCAAAGUUGGUGAGUUUACGCGAUUAUCGAAGCACCGCAGACCUGGAACAUUGAGUCGCUCGUCAAAUCUGUUUGAUCUUACCUCGAGACGAUCGGAACCACUCCCGCCUUCUAAAACUUUAGACACUUUGCCCACUUUAAAAUCUAUCACCGUAAGAUCUAAGUCUCGAGUAUACAAAGAAAGAAUUGCCGUAUCUGAUACUACGACUUUUUCCUCUUUGGUCUCCUUUGCGAUUAGAAUAACUCUUCCACCUGGAAAACAACUUGUUAUUAGAGAUACCGUUAGUGAUUUGGAAUACAUGCCUGACGAUCUUGUUAGAGAAGUGAUCAAAGGUGUCGAGCACGCUGACGUCACAGCCGCCAUAGAAGACAUCAAUACUAUAGAUUUUAACUACUUUUGA